GGGGACGGGCCCUUCUGGGUCCUAAAGCGACAGGGGUUUCCGGGGACCUGGGCCCCAGCUUCCCCCUCGCAGUGGAACCCUCUCUCCGGGUUUCGAGGGCCAGUCACUAGUGGACCCGCCCCUUAAACCCCGACCGCCAACACACCAAUCAACUACAAGCCUGUCCAUUUCCAUCUCUUGCUCCAAUCCAGAGACCUGAACAUAGCUGCUUCACCCCUUCAAGAAAGGGGGCACACUCUUCAACUGCUUCAUUACAGCUUCCCCCAACUCAGAACCUGGGAAGGAGAUGAGUAGGUCGGAAGGAUUUGCUUUUAGAGAGUACCCCCAUGCGUCCAGCUCUGUCUGGGUGGUGUUGGAGAGAGGCGGAAUAGCUAAGAAAACGAGAUCCAGUCCGUUUGGAUCUGGGUGGAGGGAAUAUUUCGCAGAGCGCCACUCUGACCUUUCAGGAGGUUGCAAAGUGGGGAAACUGAGAGAAAGAGAGAUGAAGGUGAAGGCAGAUCCCUCCUUAUGGACAAUUCACUCGGCACUUUGAAGAUCUAUACCCAUCAGCAAUGAGCAGUGUGACUUAAACUGGACUCCUGUCUAGGUUUGGAGGUAUUGUGGCCCAGCAGAUGCUGUACCCUCUCGUUGGCAGAGUCUUCAUUCAUACAUUGGAGCCUGCUAGUUUUCUGGAUCUGCCUGAUACUGAUCCCAGACCCAAUACUCUUGUCACCUUCCAUGCCCACCUACUGGGGCAUCCAGAUUUGCCUCGAUGGCUCCGCUACACCCAGCGCAGCCCCAGUCAGCCUGGUUUCCUCUAUGGGACCCCUACACUUGAAGACCGAGGCCAACAAGUCAUUGAGGUCAUAGCCUACAACAGAGAGAGCUUUGAGACAACCCAAAAGAGACUGGUGCUGCUGGUAGGGGAGCCUGAAGGCCCCUCACUUCCAUACGAGGCUGAAUUCCUGGUACAAAGCCAUGAUGUGGAAGAGGUGCUGCCUUCACCUCUUGGGCAGCGCUUUUUGACUGCCCUGGGUGGACUCUGGGUGCCUGGGGAACUACAGUUACUCAACAUUACCUCUGCUCUGGACCAUGGAGGUCGUGUCCCUCUUCCCAUUGAAGGCCGCAAGGAGGGGGUUUACAUCCAAGUGGGUUCCGCCAGACCCUUCUCCACCUGCUUGAAGGUGGUAGGGUCCCCUGCCAGCCAUGACCGCUGCACCCAGGGCCAGCCGCCACUUCUGUCCUGCUAUGACAGCUUCGUACCCCACUUCAAAGUCGACUGGUGCAAUGUGUCCCUGGUGGAUAAGUCGGUGCCUGCACUACCUGGGCCGGUGCCCACGUGGGGCGAUGGCAUUUUGGAGCAUGACGCAUACUUCUGCCCCCCAACGGAGGCACCUGACCGAGACUUUCUGACGGAUGCCCUGAUCACCCUCCUAGUGCCCCUGCUGGUCGCCCUGCUUCUUACCCUGAUUCUGGCUUACAUCAUGUGUUGCCGAAGGGAGGGCGUGUUGAAGAGAAACCUUGCUACCUCUGACAUCCAGAUGGUUCACCACAGCACCAUUCACGGCAACACAGGGGAAUUGCGGCAGAUGGCAGCAAACCGAUCAGUGCCUCGGCCUCUGUCCACCUUGCCCAUGUUCAAUGUGCGCACGGGCGAGCGGCUGCCUCCCUGCUCUGACAUUGCCCAGGUGCCCCUGAUCCUGGACCAGCACUGAGAACCUCUGACCUAUCCCAGGAAUGACCACAUCCCACCUGAGGAAUCCAGCUGCUAUUGAGAUGAAUCACUUACAACAAGGGGCCAUGCUAGAGUAUGGGCUGGAACCAGGGUGAGGGAAGUGGUGGGGGCCAAGAGUGAUUAGAGAAAGAGAGAAAAUAAAUUUCACUCAUCUGCAGGCGACUAUGUGCUCCAACCUCUCUCUAGUAAUCCCUUACCUCUGCCUUCUCUGAUUUUUUAUCUCCCUUUCUGGUACCUGGAAUGGCUGGAGAUUCUGAUGUUUGUGAUACGGGGGAAUCGGGAAUCUCCAAGUAAUAAUAGACUUCCUCAUAUCUGGCUCUCCUGUAUCCCUUGGGUUUGACUCCUGUCCAGUUGGAUCUAUUCUUAGAGAGUUGCUAUUCUUUUUGGUGUCAUGGAUUCUUUUGGCAGUCUGGUGAAGUCUAUAGACUCCUCAGAAUAGUGUGGAGCUUUUAAAAUCCAUAAUUGAAGGAAAGGCUUAAUUUUAGUUAGAGGUUAGUGGGGGGAAACAUCUAAUUUUCCCCCCUUCCAAGUUCACAAGUCCCAUAAGUCUAUAGACCCCAGGUUAAGAAGCUCCAUCUGGAGGGAGUCAGGGAUAGGGAGGAAGGGAAUACUAGAAAGAGGGAGAGCCACUGUAUGGUUUUGAAUCUGGAAUCAACCUAGAAAACAAAUUGAUUGUCAAUCUAGUCAUUCUUACAACUUCUGGAUGGGAAGCCUCUUGUGGAUACAGCCUUGUUCUGGGAACCAAAGAUGCAUUUACAAUGAGGAGACACAGGAUCCUGGAAUCUGUAAAGUUCCAUCUGAUGAGGGAGGGAGACAUGGUUGUCCAGGGUCCCCCAGACAAGCCUGAACUCUGAAGAUAUACAGUGGGGACCCAUCCCUAGGCUUUGAGUUCUGGUGGUCAGAAAUGUGGGAAUUGAGGCAGCUAGGUGGCUCAGUGGAUAGAGCACCAG